AUGUCGGAUGAUUUCCUUCGAUCAUCCCCUUCAAGAAUAGAUCCCUUGCUCUAUAGCUAUUCUGAUGACAGCAAGAAGAAAUUACCGAUCCACCAAACAAUCAACUCCCAUUCAACAAUUCAUACUCCUGAAUCCAAGAAAUUACAACAUUCUCUGGGACUUUCAUUGACACCAUCAGUAGGAGCACAAUCCAAAAUAAAUCCACAACAACAAUCUGAACAACCUGAACAACUUCAACAAAUACCACAACAAAGCCAACCACCAUCUUUCCCGUCCUCGGCAUCUAAGUUUUAUUCCCAAUUCACAAACUUAACAGGAUGGACACCAUUAAUAUCUAAGACAUACUCCAAUGAACAAAUAGUAGGCUUUGAUGCUACACCCAGUAGCAACAAAUUUUUAGUUGCUCAACAAAUGGGUAAUUCCUACUCUAACAAUGACCUAAUUGAUGGAUUCUCCCUAACACCUUGUUUAAACA